CGCAUUCUUCCUUAUCUCCUGACACAUCAGAAAUUCGCGAAAAGUCGAUUUAUUCAGUCUAAUUACUUAAACAUGGACUUCACAUCACUCCUGGAUAUAGCUCAUAAAAAUGAUAAAGCAAAUAAAAAGGAAAAGUUGUCCGGAUUCAAGACUGAGCUCCCUGCUCCUAAGAGAGAGAAGCAGGAAAAGAAACGCUCAGAAGUGGUUCAACGCUUGAUCGAUGAGAAAAGGAGGGAAAGGGACAAAGAGAAAAUGAAAAAUGAAAAACCAAGCGAUGCUAGUCGAACAUGUGAAAAUGAUCAAAGAAAUACCCAAACUUUUCGCAUCCCUAAGAAAAACAACCUUGAGAUGGAAGAUUUGAUGAGGGAGUUAGAAAGUGGUGAUGAAGAUUCAGAUCCCCCCAAAAAGUCAAAUGGAAUUGAUAAAUAUGACAAACAGAAAUCAGACCAUAGUGAAAAGAGAUCAGACAAGCCCCGAACUGUUUCUGGUACUUCCAGUGAAAAGCAAAGUUCUCAUUCAGAGAAAAACAAAAGUGGUACACAAAGAGAAAGGCAUUCUCAUGAAAAACACACACAUUCAAAUAAUAAACAUUCAAGCAGCAGUAAACACUCAAGUGAAAAACAUUCAGAUCUUAAACAUCGUAGUAGUAGUAGUAAUCAUUCUAGUGAUAAACAUCCAGAUAGUAAACAUUCCAGCAGUAGUAAACACUCAAGUGAUAAAAGUGACAAGUAUUCUAGUGAGGGGCACCAUCAUGAAAAACACUCCAGUAGUAAGCAUUCAGUGGACCGGAAUUCAGACAAGAAACAUGCAAGUGAAAAGACCUCAGGGGACAAACACAGAAGUGAAAGCAGUAAACAUGGGGAAAGACCUAGCAGCUCAAAAUCUUCCAGUGGUUCCAGUGAUAAGCAUGGGCAGAAGCCAAAGAAAGCCUCUAACUUAAGCCUGGAUGAGUUGCGAGCCGAGGUGUUUAAAAUGAAGGAAGAGGCACAGCAAAUGGAGAAGGAAAAAGAAAAGGAAAAACUUAAACCAUUUGAUCAGACUGUCCAGAAGGCAAGGCAAGGUGUUGUUGAGGACAAGAUGUCACAGCAGGCGAAGAUCCUAUCACGUACACAGAUGAUUCUUGAGAGAACAAAAGCAAAAUUUGCUGAAGAGAGGGCAGGAAUUAAGCCACAAAGACAGCGGGGGAAACGUUCUGGUGAUAAAGAGCGUGCAGCAGACAAGUCUGGUGACAAGGUGAAGUCUCGCAGUACGGUGAAGGAUGACGAUUCUGAUGAUGACAUGCCAAACCAUCAGCUUGACAUGUCGUUCAACCAAGAUCUCCUGCAGAAUGAGUCUGGAGCAGACAUGAUGAAAAACAUUAAAAAAAAGAUAGAUGAAAAACUUACAAAUUAUCACUUUCCAGAUAGACCUGAAAAAGAAAAGAAAGUGAGAACAAAUUUACCUCAGCGUAAAGUAGAUAGGGGUGUUAAAAAAAGGGACCCUCAUGAUAGACAUAGGGACAAGUAUGGUAAUAAAAUGCUGGAUAAAAAGCAGAAGAAAAGAGAUUAUGUCAAGCAAUUAAUGAGAAGUGAUUACAAGUCUAACUUUUCAACAAAUAACAAUGACCAGCCUAAACCGAAAAAGCCAGUAAUCAUUCGCAGAAACCAAGCACCACCUCCAUCAAUGAAUUUUGCAGAGUUGCUGAAAAUAGCUGAACAAAAGAGCAAAGAUGUUCCAGUCACAGAACCAUUAAAACCCAUAAAACCUAAGAAGGUAGAAGAAAGACCGCUUACGCAAGAUGAACUUGACAGGAGAAGAAGAGCGGAGGAAAAUAAGAAGAGACGUAAGGAAGAGGAAAUGGGUUUAAGAAAACCAUAUUAUGAAGAAUUUGAAUCAAACUCUAAACCUAAAAGUGACUCUAGCUUAUUAAGAGGUGCUCUUACUAAGAAAACGGCAGGCAUUGGUAGUCCAGUAAGAAAGAACUCUAGUCAAAUCACUAGUUCUACAGCCGUAAACAAAGGUGCAGGUAGAAGGUAUGAUGAGGAGCAUGAAAAUGUUAUCCAGUGUAAGCCCUCUGGCUCAGCGAAGCUGAAACCCUAUCAGCAGGAACCAGCCUUGAAUCCUUUCGACAGAAUUUACAACCAGAUCCAUAAAAACAAACCUAAGCCAGUGAAGCGUCCUCGUGAGGAGGAGGAAUACUACUCAGAUGAGGAUUAUGAAGAUGAUGAGUAUGAUGAAGACGAUGACUUCAUUGAUGAUGGUGAUGCAAACGAGGAUGUAUCCAAGCACAUCAGAGACAUCUUUGGAUAUGACAAGUCUAAGUACCGGCACAUUGAUGAGGAAGAUGAUGCAGACAUGGAGGCGAACUUUACCACCAUUAUGAAGGAGGAGGCACGCAGUGCAAAACUUGGUCGUUUGGAGGAUCUUGAGGACAUCCGGAGGGAAGAGGAGGAGCUGAAGAGGAAGAAGGCCAAGAAGAUGAGAAGAUAACAUAAUAUUAUAGACUAGGGAUUACUGAGAAGAUAGCAUAUAUAAUAGGGAACAGGGGAGUGAUUUCAGAGAAGAUUACAAAUAUACUCAAGGGGUCAGGGGACUGAAUUACUGAGGAUUGCAUCUUUACUAGGGAAAAGGGCACUUUAUUACAGAGAAGCUUACGUCUAUACUAGGGAACUCGGGGCAGAAUUACAGAGAUCACAUCUAUGCUAGGGGACAGGAGACUGACUUAUUGACAGCAUUAACUUACAUUGUAACUCCUUCCACUUGCUUUUAACCUUGUGAUUAUUGGGAUUAAACCAAGAAAAUGGGAAGGCAACUGAUGCACAUAUUUACAAAGUGUGGAGAAUCAAGACACUGGAUUGAAGUUGAAUCCUGGGGAGCUUAUUUCUUGCUGGGAGAAGACCAAAUAGGCUGUUUAAGGAGAUUCAAAAAUUCAGCAUAGAGUACACACAGAUACAUGUACACAGGAGAUUCUACACACAAAUACUAGUACACAGGCGAGUCUACACACUGAUAUAUGAGAUUAUACACACAGAUAUUAGUACACAGGAGAGUCUACACACUGAUACAUGUACACAGGAGAUUAUACACACAUUAUUAACAUGAUCUAAGUGUAUUAAAUGUAAUGAAACUCACUUAAACUAUCAACAUACAAGUAUCAAAUUUUGAUGUUCUACUUUGAUAGUCUCAACAACAUGUAAUGGUUUUGACUCGUGUAAAACAGUGUGGAUGCUCACCUAGCAUUUAUCUAGUUAUUAGGUUUAUGCAACUAUUGGUAAGUAGUUAUAUAAUAGGCCAUGAGCAGGUGUUUGGAUAAAAAGUAUGCUCCCCAACAUUGCGUCAACAAAAUGUUUUUAAUAUAAUAUGUAUACAGGGGGGAGCAUGUUGAAUAUGAUAAAAUUUAAUUGAUAUAUACCAGUGACAAUGAAAAUUUGAUAUGUAAAAUUCAACAAGUUUCUCCAUUCUUUAAGAAUUUACAAAAUGAGAUCACAUGAUGUAAACCUGUUGUACUCCUAUACCUUAACCAUGUGAUUAUUAGUUUUUAGUUCAACGAUUUAUUUAGAUAGUGUCCAGGGACCUUGGCAGAAGGUAGCUGUAUCGUAUUAAUGUUGAUUAAUAUGUGUUUUACAACAUUCAUGUCUCCAAAUAUUUGUUUGUAUUGUGUAUUAUUUGAAGAUGAAAGAAGGUUGCUGUGCAUUUUGUAGACCAAUUUACAUAUCUGGCUUGUAUGUAUAAUGUAAUCAUUACUAGAUGAAAGUGAAUUAAUGUGUUUGUAAUGUUAUAUACAUUAUGAACAGUGAGGGAAUCAUUUUAUUUACACACAAUUCAUCCAAUCUUAUUCAUUCGGCAUUCUUCACUAGUUCAUUCACUACUUAAUAGAUGAACCUGCCAGUUUUUGCCAGGAAAACAUAUUUCAAGGUAUUCACAUUGCGCAGGUGUCCUGCAGGUGUUUUUUUUGUUGUGUAUAUGUUUUAACCUUUGGCCACAUUUAAAGAUACUCUUGAUGAAAUUUAUUAUACAUACUACCAAUGCUAGAAGGCAUGUGUGCAGCAAAUCCUAUCCCUCUGGAUUAACCAUUUUUGAGUUAAACUCCUCGACCAAUGGAGAAAGACAGCAGUGUCAUAGGCUAACAGUACUCUUGCUUUAUUUUAGGAAAUAAAUCAAGGUAUUGUCAUAGCCUUGGUGUCAUCAUUGUCUUUAUCCUUGCAAGUCAUCAUUGUCUUUAUCAUUGCAAGUCAUCAUUGUCUUUAUCAUUGAAAGUCACAUUGUCUUAAUUCUUGCAAGUCAUCUUUGUCUUUAUCCUUGCAAGUCAUCUUUGUCUUUAUCAUUGAAAGUCACAUUGUCUUAAUCGUUGCAAGUCAUCUUUGUCUUUAUCAUUGCAAGUCAUCAUUGUCUUUAUCAUUGCAAGUCAUCAUUGUCUUUAUCAUUGCAAGUCAUCAUUGUCUUUAUCAUUGCAAGUCAUCAUUGUCUUUAUCAUUGCAAGUCAUCAUUGUCUUUAUCAUUGCAAGUCAUCAUUGUCUUUAUCCUUGCAAGUCAUCAUUGUCUUUAUCAUUGCAAGUCAUCAUUGUCUUUAUCAUUGCAAGUCAUCAUUGUCUUUAUCCUUGCAAGUCAUCAUUGUCUUGAUCAUUGCAAGUCACUUUUGUCUUUAUCAUUGCAAGUCAUCAUUGUCUUUAUCCUUGCAAGUCAUCUUUGUCUCUAUCAUUGUCUUUAUCCUUGCAAGUCAUCUUUGUCUCUAUCAUUGUCUUUAUCAUUGCAAGUCAUCAUUGUCAUGGCCAUUUAAGUCCAUUAAAAGUUGAAACUUGGUCACAAUUCACAUAAUUGUUGCACUUGCCAUCAUAUUGGCUUAUUUUGAGUUUUGUCCCUUGGUCAACAACUUGAGAGGAAAUAAAGACUGGGGUCCCUUUGUGGAACUCUUUUGUCAUUACAAACUAAGUAUAUUUUUGUGGGCUUGGUAAAUAAAAGUGAAACUUAUUUAGGCAGUGAUUAUUGUAUGUUGCUUUUAUUUUUCAACACUAGUAUAAACUCUUGUUUCUUAUACUCUUUAAUUUACGCAUUCUAAAGUGUAUUUAAUAGUUUGUAGUUAUUAUUGUGCAAUAGAUUGUUCUAGGUUUGUUAAGAGGCUAGCGGGGAUUUAUUUCAUGUAAAGUUUAUGUUCAAGAGUGUGGCGUUCAAGCUUUGAUGGAAAUUGGAUUCAAACUGUUGGUCAAUUGGUCAGUACCUUGUUAAAGUUGAGAUCGCUGUGAACAACAUCGUUGUUAACAUUUUAGCGUGAACUUUUUUAUGUUGUACUCAUAUAUUUAUAUAAAACAUGCACAAGUGAAAGCGAUGUCUCAAAUGUGUAAGAAGUAUGGUAGAUCACAAAUGUGGCUGAGAAACUUUAAUAAUAGUAGUAGAGAUUGGAAGGUUAACAACAAUGAAAUUCACAGUUGGCCAAUUGUUCAGAAAUUUGCUUAAGUUAAAAAUGUUGUUAACACCAUUGUUAUUUUCGUUCAAAACUUCACUGCUGUAGAAGUUUAAUGGAUACAGGUGUGAUUUGCAGUAUUACUAAUGAGAUUUGAGAUAUCUUUACAGGUGAACUUGUUUUAUUUUUAAAUCUAAGCUUACCAUAAAAUAUCACACGCUUAAAAGUUAACAAUUUUGCUGUUAUCGAUGUUGUUAACUUUAACAAAGUUCUGAACAAUCGGCCCAUUGUCUUCUGAGAUGUAUUUAAAAUUGCAUAUACUGUUAAAGCAUAUGGAAAUCAUCAGGAGAGGUUAUUUAUUUAUUUUUCUUAUGAUAUGAUAUGCACUUGCUUCUGUCAUUGAUUUUGAAAACUGUUAUUAACUGUAAUUUAUUGAAGUGUUAUGGAAAUUAUUUCUGUAAAUGAAUGCAGAUUUUGAAAAUGUUGGUGUGUAUAUUUCUUACUAUUGGAAAUAAAAUAUUGGUAACUCUAACGAGAAUUUAUGGCUUUCUUUAGAUGUCAAAUGGCCUUAGAUCAAACUCACCUCCCAUGUUUAAGAUCGUUCGUGCAAUUUUAGAAGCGUUCAUUUUGAACUUCUGACGUAUAAUACUGAUUGAUUGCCAUGAAUUGUCUUACUUAUAUUUUAGUAAGGCCUUCUCGUGUGCGCCACAUUAGUUCAAGAA